GAGAGAGAGCGAGAGAUCGAGAGCAUGUGUGUGUCAGUAUUUGAGAGGGACUUAACAGAGGUUAAGUAGACGGGAGCAAAAACCAGUGAGGGAGAGAGAGAAAGAACUGACCUUAAAGCAGAAAAGAGCAGGCUACUUCUACAAAGCAGACCAACCAGCACGUAUAGGGAAUUGUGUGUGUCGUCCUGGGAAAUCUGUGCGUGUCACACACACAUACACACCCACACAAACCGGCGGCAAGUCUAAGAUCUGUGAGAUUACUGGCUAGAAUCCCUGCUGAUGACAUGCAGUCUCAGAAAAGUGUGGAGGUGUAUGAUCAUCUAAAUGGCUCGCGGAUCAUCUUCUCAGAUGAGGCUCUUCCCGUCAGUGGAUCAAGACAGCACUUCAUGACUCCGGAUAUGAGCCAGGAAGUAGUUGUAAUCUCUCCUGGACUUCCUACGCCUCCGUUAAGCCCGUUCCACCACAGUUCAGCCUCUACGUCUUCACAUCAGGUCGCAGAGGUCAAUGGAGGUGGAUUCCCGUCACACAGUUUCGGAUCCUACUAUGGAACGACUCAGACAAAUGUUGGAUUAUCCAAUGGUGGAAUACAGAGUGGAGGUUCUGCCACAUUGCCCAGGACUUCUGCAUCCCGAGAGGAGCGCUUAAUAAAGUUCUCUGGAAUCGGUCCUGUAGAUGAGACGGGCAUGCCAAUCGCAUCCCGAUCUAGCGUAAACAAGCCUAAGGACUGGUAUAAGAGCAUGUUCAAACAAAUCCACAAGAGACCAGAGGAGCCUGAGCUUGACUGGAGAGAAAGGAAGCUGUCAUCAUCAUCGCCUCCCCCAGAUUCUGCCCAGCGGGACGGGCACUCAGACCCCUUCACUCUCACCCCUCACGGAGCCCUGCCUGACUGGGCUGAUCUGGGCGAUACAGGGAAGCACCCAGAACCAAAGAGUAUUUUUGACUUUGAGCCUGGAAAGGGAGAAGCGGUAGAAGAUCGGAAUAAGUCUCUGAGGUCUGCGUCACAGCUGCCUUUAUAUUACACCCCGGGUAAACCUCAACCCAGAUCUCCAUCUAUAGAGGCGACACUGGUGUCGGAGCUGAACCGCUUUGAGGCAGAGCUGGACUCAGACAUUCGUGGUCUGGAGAGGAAACUGUCACAGAAGCAGCAGCGGCGAGGCAGGGGUGAGGGAGCUAAAACCAACACAGCCGCCACAAAAACAGAAGAGAACAGACAAGAAAACAGCUAUCCCAUAAUCCCCUGCUCAGCUGCAAAGCAGGGCACAACAGCAAGCUUCAUGCAUGCUGAUGGUCGCACAUCCUCAGACAUGGAUUUCCCACCUAAGAAAGAAGAGAGAAAGAUGAAAGCAGCCCGAGCCAAAUUUAGUUUCCAAGCACAGUCACCAAAGGAGCUGACCAUACAAAAAGGUGAUAUCGUGUACAUACACCGACAGGUGGAUGCCAACUGGUAUGAUGGAGAGCAUCAUGGGAGAGUGGGAAUCUUUCCCACCAGCUAUGUGGAGAUUAUUCCUCCAACGGAGAAGCCAACUCCAAUAAAGUCCCCUACCAUCCAGGUGUUGGAGUAUGGAGAGGCUGUUGCCCUGUUCAACUUCAAUGCCGACCUGCCUGUGGAACUGUCCUUCAGAAAGGGCGAGAUUAUCUCAAUCGUCAGGCGUGUUGAUGAUCACUGGCUGGAGGGUCGUAUCUCUGGCACCACCCGAAGUGGAAUCUUCCCCAUCAGCUACGUCCAGGUCAACAAAAUGCCUCGCACUAAAAGCAGUGAUGACUUUCCAUCUUCUCCCACUCCCACACCAGAGCCCCUGAGUCCCGGCCGGCCACAGCACUCCCCCCUGUCUCCCCUGUCACGCUCCCCCGAACCCCAGCUUUCACCUCACAAACACUCCAGCCAAUCACGCUCCCCUCUGUCACACGCACAGCCCAUCUCCCCAAAACCAUCAAACCACUUUUUGUUCUCGCCUGGCCCCACUUCACCCAGCAACAACUGGACGGGAUUGCAGCACUCUCACAACCCACUGGAAAAGGACAGCAGAUCACCUGUGUCACCCUCCAAUCAUGUGCUGACACCUCCGCAGGGCCCGGGACUGCCAGCGAACGCCGGCACAAUGCCAGCGCACCCUCCGUACAUCACACAGGAUGGGACCAGAACACAAUCUCCACAGCCCAACGCACAGGUUAAGAUUCCCUCCACGUCACGGUCUCCUGUGAACAAGGGUUAUUCACGACAACUGUAUAAAGCGGUUUACAACUAUAACCCCCAGAAUAAAGACGAGCUGGAGUUGAGAGAAGGAGACCUGGUUCAGGUUAUAGAGAAGUGCGAUGACGGCUGGUUUGUAGGUACGUCUGAAAGGACCCAAGCUUUUGGAACAUUCCCUGGCAACUAUGUGGCACCAGUUUAGGAGCUUCCACCAAUUCUUCCUGGCAGAUUCUAUUUCACUGACACUACAGGCUCAACCACUAAUCAAUGCAAUAUACAUUCUGUCUGUAUGGUCACUGUACACUAUAUACAAAACUACUGCCCCUCUUCACACACAAAUGUAUUCUUACAAAUUCUUCCUUCACAUCCUCCACCAAGCAUGUGCACUCCUCACCUUAUUACUAUGGCGCCCAUGUUCCCAUAGUAACUCCUACUGAUGUUGGACACAGAUGGGUUUGUCACAGUAUGAUCACUCACGUGUGUAUUUGUGAUGAAUCCACACUGCAUUAUGGUUUAAUUGUCAUUACAUUCAUUUAUAACCCCCCCGACACUAUUGACAUUAUCUUAGCUGACUUUCUCAAUUUUAACGUCUUUGUAAAGUUAACCUCCAUUUUGGUUUCAGAUUUGCUAUGAACACUACAUAUCCUGAGGAUCUGGAUCUAAGACAUGGUUAAAAAAACUCUUCUUUUUUAUAUUACGAUCAUCACAGUUGUCAUUUACUUGCUGGCUUAGCUGCCCGUCACAUCAUAUUAUAACAGCCGCAAUCUUUGCAAUCAUUAUCAAGUGUCUGUUAACGCUUAAUGCAGUUGCCUCCAAUUUUUUUAAACUGGUUCACGUUUAUUGUGCAACAAACCCAGUAUAUGCAACAUUAUUUUAAGCUUUAUGACAGGGAAAGUGUUGAGGCAGUGCUGUUUCAAACUCUUUUGUAUGAAUAAGUCUCCUGUUCAGAGAAAAAUCAGUUCUAGGUUCCAUCCAAACUAGAUUAAACAUGGUUUCUGACUAUAUAAACUAUUUAAAUCCAUAGGCCUAUCUAAAACCAUAUUCAGUUGAACAUACAUUAAUGCAAAAGGGCCCACACCAAGGACGAAACAUGGUUUCUGACUAUAUAAACUAUUUAAAUCCAUAGGCCUAUCUAAAACCAUAUUCAGUUGAACAUACAUUAAUGCAAAAGGGCCCACACCAAGGACGAAACAUGGUUUCUGACUAUAUAAACUAUUUAAAUCCAUAGGCCUAUCUAAAACCAUAUUCAGUUGAACAUACAUUAAUGCAAAAGGGCCCACACCAAGGACGAAAACUAUAACGAUACAGAUAGUUCUGUCCCUUUAAAUGCUCGAGCUUGUUACAGCAUAAUGGAUUCUGAUUGUGUCAAUGUUUUUAUUAUUUAUCAGCUGGAUAAAACCGUUCUGAAAGUGAUGCCAACGAUAUUAUUUCUCUGCUGUUAUCAUUAUAUCUUUGGUUUGAACUUUUACUUAUUUAUGGUUAUCAUCAUUGGUGUUAAUAUAGUUAGUUCGUUAUAGAAAUCGUUAUAAAUAUAGAAUAAUAGCAGUCCACAUCACAACAACGAUGGUCACGGCAUAGUGACACGAUAUUGUUGGAGUCACUUUCUCAUUUUAUUUUAUUUUUUCCAGCUGAUGAACGACAUCCAAUCAGAAUCCAUCCGGCUUCACGAGAUCGUGCUUUUAAAGUGACAGACGUCAAAACUGCGCGCGCAUAAAAUAAACAAGAACCAUAUUAUUUGCUGGUGUGGACGCUAUUAAAGUUAUCAUUUUCGUUAUCUUUAUCGUUCUUAGCGUUCUUAGAUCAAACGAACGUCAUGAUUUGCAGUUAUAAUCAUUCACAGUGUAAAAAAAAAAAAAAAAAAAAAAUCUACAGUAAAAAUAUCUAAA